AUGAAUGACACUUUAGAAGCCGAUGGAACGAAGAACUUCACUGUGAAGUGGAUCCACGGGUCAGCUCCGGAAAAUAUCACCACCGUCCCAGGAGGCUCUUCCAAGCUGCUAUGGCCUCAGCCUCCAAAGCUAGCGAUGCUAGAGUGUGAACCGGUUAUCGAGUCUGCUGAGGCAAGCGUUAGCAUAGAGCAGUCCAAGAAUCGGGUUCAAGACUACGUGAUCAGGAGCGACCCAUCGCGCUACGCCCCGGCAUGGGCUGACAACUUCGUCAACAGACCAUUACCUUUGGACGGGGAUCCGGGCAACGUCACGUUCAGCUUUGGCCAUCUCUUUAUGAAGGCUCUAUUGCACGCUGCGCAGCUUGAGAACUUACAGGGCUGUUACUCUCCGCCACAAAAACAAGAUUGCGACGAGAGUCUCGACGACCGGACUUACAAUAUUAAGAGUUCUGGCCUUAAUCUCGACUUCAUGGCUUAUUCGAUGUUGGCACUGGCUGGUAACAAUCCCGAAUCUUUACUGAAUUAUAGCAUACUCGAAGCAACCGCUCAAAAGACGUUCACCGUGUUUUUUCAGCAUUUUGCAAGCAAUAAUGUCUCGCUCAACGACACUGGCAACCUGGUUUUCCAAAAGCCGGACGAAGACCUCCCUGCAGAUUUAGGACCUGGCUACAAUAGUGCUUCAAGCGGGGGCGACGACAAUUAUACUUUUGUGAGCCAGUUGAAAGCAACGCCAAUGGCGGAACCCACGACCACCUUGACGAUGUCGGAGCCUAUCGAGAUGUUACGCAUGUCUCCGAUAGCCACUUGGAUGAGCGUUGCUAUUCUUGCAUGGCUGGUUGUGACUAGUAUCCUGCUUCUUGUCUGCAAAGAUCGAUAUUUCUCCCCGCUCCUGCGAAGCGUAGACACCGUGGCGGAUGUGGGAAUCUUGAUUGCAGGCAGCGAUGCUUAUCUUGAACUGGCCCGGAAUAAAGGUGCCUCUUGUCUACGCGCUGACAAGCAUUUUCGAACUCGACUAGGAUGGUUCAGAACAAGGUCUGGUAACAUUAGGUGGGGGCUUGAAAUUGCGGAUAGUAAUGCUGUGGAGUUCUUAACAGAUGUAGAGGUUAAGGCACUUACUCUAGAGAGGAAAGAUAGGGGCAGCUAG